AUGAUUUUGACAGAUAGAACACAGAGACACGACCACAGCUCUGUAAAUAGGCGAUCGGUGACAUUGCAAACUUCUCAGCGGUCGCUGCCGAAAUUGUGCAGUCAAGAAGAGGAGCAGGGCCGGCCGCCACAGGGCGGCGUGGUAACAUUUGAACCGAUACAACAUGACCACGACUUCUGCGAGAGGGUCGUGAUCAAUGUAAGCGGCCUCAAAUUUGAAACACAAUUACGGACACUCAACCAAUUUCCAGAGACACUGUUAGGCGACCCUGCAAGGAGAAUUAGAUACUUCGAUCCACUCAGGAACGAGUACUUUUUUGACAGAAACAGGCCGUCCUUUGACGCCAUCCUGUAUUAUUACCAGAGCGGAGGCCGUCUGCGACGUCCCGUCAACGUCCCGCUGGACGUAUUCUCAGAGGAAAUUAAAUUCUACGAACUUGGAGAGCAAGCUACCAACAAAUUCCGUGAGGAUGAAGGAUUCAUAAAGGAGGAGGAGAAACCCCUACCCUCCAACGAACGUCAGCGCAAAAUCUGGCUGCUCUUCGAAUACCCUGAAAGCUCCCAGGCCGCCCGAGUCGUUGCCAUCAUCUCAGUCUUCGUCAUCUUACUGUCAAUCGUCAUCUUCUGUCUGGAAACCCUCCCAGAAUUCAAACACUACAAAGUUUUCAACACCACUACAAAUGGAACAAAAAUUGAAGAAGACGAAGUACCUGAUAUAACUGAUCCAUUUUUCCUCAUCGAGACGCUCUGUAUUAUCUGGUUUACAUUCGAAUUAAUAGUUCGAUUUCUUGCUUGUCCAAAUAAAUUCAACUUCUUCAGAGACGUGAUGAAUAUCAUAGAUAUAAUCGCAAUUAUACCAUACUUCAUCACACUUGCAACGGUAGUCGCUGAAGAAGAAGACACGCUGAACCUACCAAGAGCUCCUGUUUCGCCGCAAGACAAGUCCACCAAUCAAGCUAUGAGUCUUGCCAUACUUCGUGUGAUUCGUCUAGUUCGUGUAUUCCGUAUAUUCAAACUAUCGCGUCACUCCAAGGGCUUGCAGAUUUUAGGAAGGACUCUAAAAGCAUCAAUGAGAGAACUCGGACUUUUGAUAUUUUUCCUCUUCAUAGGUGUGGUGCUGUUUUCAUCUGCGGUGUACUUCGCGGAAGCCGGAAGUGAGAACAGCUUCUUCAAAUCCAUACCUGAUGCGUUUUGGUGGGCGGUCGUGACAAUGACGACCGUAGGAUACGGCGACAUGACGCCUGUUGGCGUGUGGGGUAAGAUCGUGGGAUCGCUUUGCGCGAUUGCUGGUGUACUUACCAUCGCCCUGCCGGUACCCGUCAUCGUGUCUAACUUCAACUAUUUCUACCACCGUGAAACUGACCAGGAGGAAAUGCAGUCUCAGAACUUCAACCACGUCACCAGUUGCCCCUACCUGCCCGGGACUUUGGGCGAACCCUACUUGAUUUCAGGUGCGAUCAAAAACUCCUCUGUGAGUGAUGACUCAUCUUCGGAACUGAUGGAGCUUGAAGAUGCAGCUUUGCUGGCUGACCCUCAUCUUGAGAAUAACAUUCGUCGUCUGCGCGAAGAAGAGCGUCUUCUGCUGGAACAACAAGCCGCCAUGGAGGCUUCAGGCAACACCGACGACAUAGCAGCUCUGGAACAUCAAGAUCUGCUACGUCUUAACCACCUUAAACAGCAAGAGCUGCAGAGGCAGCUGGUAAUCCUCGCUCAACGUCAGGCUCGUGCCAAUGCCAAUGCCAACGCUAGCUCCAGCCUGUUGGCGAUCGAGGGUCCCAGGGAUCGUUCCGCUGAAGACUCCGACCGUAGUGAACGCCGACGCGCCAGUCGCAGUGACCUGAACGAGCGUUGUGACCGCCUGGAGCGUUCUGAUCGAGGGGAACUCCGCAGACGUACAUGCAACGUGCGUGUAAAUGCUCUCCACGUCGCGUCAUGUGCGGAGGCGUUAGAAACGGACGUCUGA